AUGAGCUCAGCUCUAGAUCUUGAUGGCUCUUCCAAGGGCACCGUGCUCAACGGCCCUUGCGACUGGAAACAAUGGAUUUCUAUCAUCAAGAAAUUCGCCACGUCCCACAGUCUUUGGGACUUUCUGGACCCUGCCGUCAAGGAGGGUAAGCCGGUUCUUCAGCAGCCAGUUGAACCAACAUUCCGACAAAUCAACCACGAAGCAUCUGAUCUCGUGGAUCUGACCUCGGAGGAAUUUCGCCGUCUCGAAUUCCUCCACACCCAAUACCGCUCGAAGCUUCAAGGGUAUAGGGAUCAAGUGAAGGCACUCGCCAGCCUUCAACAACACAUCGUCAAGACCAUCGGCAACUACUACAGCACCAUUGCCGAGGAACACGACGUUGCAAAGCAACUUGCCUUGCUUCAGUCGCCAAACAGGACCAAGAUCGAAGCUUGGGUCACCCAAUGGCAGAAAGUCCUCACUGAGGCAAAGCAAUUAGGGCUUCCUGAUGUCCAGGACCUUCGCCCUACCCAAGAUUUCCUACAGGCUGUUUCGUCCAUCAACGCCCCAUUCACAGACUAUUGGGUCAACAAAAUGGAAGACGAGGCCGUAUUCGGCAAGCCUGAGUGGAAGACCGACUUCCCGGACGGCAUUAAGAUCAGUGAGAUCUUUGAACGAGCUCACCGAAUCAAGGCCGCCAACAACAGCAAAGGAUCAUUCGGAGCUGCCUUCCAAGGCAAGGGAGAGAAAUCGGAGAGGAAAGAGGACAAGCCUAAGUGGUCUUCAAAUUGCUUCUAUCUCAUCAAAUCAGCUCGGCCUGAUGGCUGGACUCCUGAUCAGAAGGUUGAGAAGAAGAUCAAGGAAAUCCUCGACUCAAUCCAUGGGCAAAGAAGAUGA